AUGGGAAAUAUUUUUGGAUCUCCGGAGCCAAAAGAUGAUAAUCUUGAAACAUUUCAUCUUGUUUGGCUUGAUCCAGCAGCCGAUGAUACUGUCGAAGAUGAAAAAGGUCGACAAUUUCUUCGUACAUCAAUCAAUCAUUUAAGAAAAUUUAAAGAUGCAGAAAAAUGUGAACAAUAUAUUCAAAAUGUAUCCAAAAGUGAUCGAAUAGUUUUUGUUGUCACUGGUCGAUUGGGUCAAGAAUUGAUGCCCCGUAUUCAUCAACUUCGACAAAUUUCAUCCAUCUACAUCUACUGCAUGGAUAAGGACUACCAUGAAGAAUGGUCAAAAGAUUUUACAAAAGUAAAAUUAGACGAUCUUGUGGCGAAAAUUCGACAAGAUCAAAUAACACGAAUUCGUAACAAAGUGGACGAACCACUUUCUAUCAGUAUUUUUGAUCCCAAUAUAGAUAACAGACAAUGGACAACGGGUACCAAUACUCAAUUCAUUUAUUCACAAUUAUUGAUUGAUUUUUUCCUUCGCAUGAAGCCAACAGCCAAAGAUAAGACUGAUCUUAUUUCUUUAUGUAAGAAAGCAUAUCUCAAAAACGAUCCUGAAUUAGCCAUAGUUCAUGAAUUUCAACGAGACUAUCAAGCGAGCCGUGCACUAUGGUGGUAUACUCGAGAUUCGUUUCUUCCACGUUUAUUGAACAAAGCUCUUCGAGUACAAAAUACUGAUUUACUUUUACUCUUUCGAUUUUUUAUUCAUGAUAUCGAUCGACAACUUCAAAAUUAUCAAUGUACAUCCGUUAUGCAUGUCUAUCGAAGUCAAUUGAUGUCCAUUGAAGAAUUACAAAUAUUCAAAGAUUCGAUUGGUAAAUUCAUUGCUAUGACUUCUUUUCUUUCUACUAUACUAAAUCGUGACCAAGCUAUUAAUUUCGUCAAAACUCUCAUUCCAGUAAAUGAACUACAACACACUUUAUUCGAAAUUGAAGCUAAUCCUCAAUCGGCUACUAGUAAAUCAUUUGCUAAUAUUACAGCACAUAGUUACAAUGCUAAUGAAGAAGUUCUCUUUAUGGCCGGAUCCAUUUUUCAGUUGAUUGAUAUUCGUUGUGAUGACAAUCAAGUAUGGGUUAUUCGAAUGAAAUUAUCUAAUGAAGACGAUCAAAAUUUGAAACCAACUUUUGAUUAUAUCAAAAAGGAUCAAAAGGAAGAAAUAAAUCUAUUUUCAUUUAUUAAUAUUCUACGACGAUUGGGUAAAUUUGAUGAAGCAGAAAAGUAUUGUCUUCGUUUAUCUGUUGAAUUACCUGCCAAUGAGUAUGAUCUUGCUGUAUGCUAUGAUAUUCUUGGAAGUCUUGCGCGUGAAAAAAACGAUUUAGAAACAAGUAUAAAAUGGUAUAGAAAAUCGCUCGAGUAUGCUACUCGAAAUCCACAAUUCCACGAUCCUCGUUUAGCAGCUAAUUAUACGACAAUUGCAGGUAUUUAUCGACAGAAAAAUGAUUAUAAACAGGCACUUGAAUAUUACAACAAAGCGUUAACAAUGGCAAAAGAAGUAUUCGGUAAAGAACAUGUGUGCAUAGCCGAGUAUUAUACAAAUGUGGGUACAGUCUACCAGGCUAUUAAACAAUGGUUUGAAGCUCUAGAUUAUUAUUUAAAAGCAUUAGUUAUUCAACAGAAACAAUCAUCAAUGCAGCAUACUCAAAUCAGUCAAUUGCUCAAUAAUAUGGCUGAUUGCCAUACUGAGCUCGGUCUUUACGAUUUGGCUUUAUCACAUUAUGACCUAUCAUUAAAAACAUUGAAGGCAUCAGAAUUACCACAAAAUCGAAAUAUGGCAUCGACCCUUCACAAAAUAGGCUACGUUUACGAGAAGAAAAAUGACUUACAGCAAACUCUAUCGUAUUAUCAACAGGCAGCUGACAUAUAUCGUCAUACUCUUACACCGACACAUUCAACUUUUAUGCAACUUGAACAAGAUAUUCAGCGUAUUUCAUCCCAACUCAAAUAA